UUACAUGUUCGCCCAUCCUUUUUGCUUUUUUAUAUUUAUUUUUCUACUGGACAAUUGAUGAUCCUUCUUGAUCAAAAUGUUUUUAUGUAUCAGAAUUUUCUAUAAUAGCACAGGGGCAUAGGCACCUAAUGGAUAUGUACAGUACAAUUGCGAAGCAGCGAAAAAAAUAUAUAAAGCCAACAAUGCUCAUUUGCCACUAGACAAGAUGGAUUUACAUGGUCUCAGGGUUGAUGAAGCUGAAUAUUAUACGCAAGAGCGAAUGAUAGGGUUUAUCGAGGACAAGGAGAAGAAGCUGAAAAUAAUUGUAGGCAGAGGAAAACAUUCUUUGGGUGGCAUUCCCAAGAUCAAGCCGGCAGUCAUGGAGCUGUUAAAAGAGUUCGAAGUUGAGGCUUCAUUCGACCCGUCGAAUGAUGGCUGUAUCUUCGUCAGGUCAUUACAGCAGCCUUGUUCUUGUGUUUGGAAUAAUCGCGCUCUUCUUUGUUUGGUGUUAGACUAUUAAUUAUCUUCAUAUUGUUACACAACAAGGCGAAAUAAAGCAUUG